GGGCAAAUUUGCAGUGGUGAAGAAGUGUAUCCAGAAAGACACUGAAAGAGAGUUUGCAGCAAAAUUCAUGAGAAAAAGAAGAAAGGGCCAAGACUGUCGGAUGGAAAUAAUCCAUGAAAUUGCAGUCCUUGAGCUGGCACAGUGCAACCUUUGGGUCAUUAACUUACAUGAAGUUUAUGAAACUGCAACAGAGAUGAUUUUAGUCCUGGAAUAUGCUGCUGGAGGUGAAAUCUUUGACCAGUGUGUGGCUGAAAGAGAGGAAGCCUUCAAAGAAAAGGAUGUUAAACGACUUAUGAAGCAGAUCUUAGAAGGAGUUUCAUUCUUGCACAGAAACAAUGUGGUUCAUCUUGACUUAAAGCCCCAAAAUAUUCUACUAACCAGUAAGUCUCCUCUGGGAGACAUUAAGAUAGUAGAUUUUGGCCUUUCCAGAAUAAUGAAGAGCAGUGAGGAACUAAGAGAAAUCAUGGGAACUCCAGAAUAUGUAGCUCCUGAAAUUCUGAGUUAUGACCCCAUCAGUACAGCAACUGACAUGUGGAGCAUUGGAGUCCUGGCAUAUGUCAUGCUAACAGGGAUAUCCCCUUUCUUAGGGGAUGAUAAACAAGAAACAUUCUUAAAUAUAUCCCAAAUGAACGUAAGUUACUCUGGAGAAGACUUUGACCUCGUAUCAGAGUCUGCCGUGGAUUUCAUCAAAACUCUGCUGGUUAAGAAACCCGAGGACCGGGCAACUGCUGAAGAGUGUCUUCAACAUCCGUGGUUAGAACAAAGUGAUAAUCCUGCUUGUAGGCCCUGGAAGGAGAGUACAGGAGGGGAGACCAGUGAUGUCACCCAGAAAGAUGCAGAUUCUGCCUCUGAAAAAUCAGUUGAUGCUGAAAAGACCGAAGAGGAGGAAUCUAUAGUGACAGAAGAACUAAUUGUAGUGGCUUCAUAUACACUGGGACAAUGUAGGCAGUCUGAGAAAGAAAAAGCAACUGAGCAGAAAGCCAUUUCCAAACGAUUUAAAUUUGAGGAACCAUUACUGCAAGAAAUACCAGGAGAAUUCAUUUACUGAACUGUGUGGAGCUUCAUAGCUGUAACUGGAAGGCAGUGGUUCCUACUAAACAAAAAUAUCCUAGCCAAGUGAAUUUCUGAUAUGCAAUAAAUGUUCUAGAUAAAAGAAAAUGUUGAUAAAUGGCAUUCAAUGAAAAUGUGCCAAGCUUCUAAUUCCAUGGAACAGAUAAGAUUUCAAGUGGCUGACAGGAACUUAACCAAGAUAAAAAGCUUUUUUUUGUUUGUAACAUUUAUUUCUGUUUUUGUUGCUGGAUAGCAGAGUUUUUGUUAAUUGUUCCAGUGUUCUGGAGAAGUUGACAUUGGAAAUGUUUCAGUGACACAUGUCAAGAGGAGUAUUU